GCAUCAACAGAAGACUCAGUACAGUACAAUUGGUUUCCACGGCUCAGCGAUGCGAUUCGAAUGAACAAAAACAUGGAACUCACUGAACUUUAUAUCGAAAAAUACCACAAACAGCAGUGCAAUGGCACCCGUAAAACAGGCAAAUUUUCUUGCUUGGAAGCGCAAUUUUUGUUGAAACGCCGCUUGGGCUAUCACAUUUCUAAAACAUAUAUCCCAACAGCCACGUGUGUUGUGCUGUCCUGGAUCGGUGUUUGGCUCCCGGAGGAAUUCGCCACUGGGCGAAUAUUCGGCUCGCUUACGCUCUUCUUGACACUAAGUGCGGAAUCCAGUGCUGCAAAAGAAGUGCUCCCGAAAGUUUCCUAUAUGAAGGUUUGA